GUUGGGUUGGGUUGUCAAUUUUCGGGAGCGAGACCUCCCGAAGUGAGGUAGAAAAUGUCAAAAUUCCUUCAAUAAAAACUCUCUCAAAGCAUUGAAAGCAUCAUUCCACCUUUUUUAAUAAGAAAUAUGGCAAUGCACAUUUGAGCUUUAUUUCUUCCCUUCAUUAAUUAACAGUGUGGUGCAUUGACAGGUGCUCAGAAAUCGCUGCAACUUUGAAACUUUGGCUUCUUCAUACGUAACACUGUAUGUAACCAUUCAGAAGAACGUAAUUUUAUUUAGUGUUGUGGAGUACACUAAGAAAAUGCGUGUACGAAAGAAAAGACUAUUGGUAGGUUGGUACCAUGAUUAGUUGUUAAUUAAACCCUUAGGCAGUACACUGCAUACUAUACAAUGAACUUAAAUGAGACAAAGAGUUAAAGUGGGUGUGCUCCUUCUUUGUGGACAUUUCUGCUAUCUCUUUGCACGAGGAGGAUGUCGAAGGUGGAGAACGUGAGCGUCGUGGCCUUCCUCUGCUUCGGCAUGAUCGUGGGCGCCCUAGUCUUUUCUCGAGGAUUUCUUCUCAACCGUCAAACCAUCCACGAGACGGCUGGACCCUGCCUUCACUCCUCCCAACGCUCACUUCACAUCCGACCCACGGAGUCCGAACCCCAUCUGCCAAAAACUGUGGGUGACCAUGGUCUGGAUGGGAUGGCGAAUUGGUGCAACCCUACUCCCCCUUUUCCUAAGCUCAUUUUGGUGUUGGUAGACGCUCUGAGAUUUGACUUUGUUCAACGAAUGCAGUUUCUCUCAGAGAUUACGGGGAAAGGAAAUUCCUCUGCUGGUCAUCAUAAAGGGGGAUCGUUGACAUCGUGCGUUUUCAAGUUCCUCGCAGACCCCCCGACCACAACAAUGCAGCGAUUGAAGGCUCUUAUGACUGGGACGAUGCCUACGUUCAUAGAUGCCAGUGCCAAUUUUAAUAGUUAUGAAGUUGAGGAGGACAGCCUUAUUUACCAGUUGUACUCUGCUGGGAAACGAAUUGCCUUUUUGGGGGACGAUACCUGGAUUAGUUUGUUUCCACAAAAAUACUUCAAAUCUCGUUUUGUCGAGGCGCACCCAUCAUUCAACGCUUGGGAUUUAGAUACCGUUGACAAAGCAGUGAAUAAGACGAUGCAAGAGAUCUUUUUAACUCCGCACAAGGAUGACUGGGAUAUUCUGAUCAGCCAUUUACUUGGAGUGGAUCACUGCGGCCACAGGUAUGGACCAAGUCAUCCGGAGAUGGCGAGAAAACUGCAUGAAGCGGAUUCCAUAAUCAAACAUGUGUUCAAUUCGAUGAGCAACGAUACACUGCUCGUGAUUUUUGGUGACCAUGGAAUGACAGCCACUGGUGACCAUGGAGGCGAUUCAAAAGAUGAGACGGAAUCGGCUGUGAUAUUUAUUUCUAAACAAUUCUACAAGUACAAUUCACCAUUUCAGUGCGCUGCAGAACUUGCCAUAUCUCAGAUAGACUUGGUCCCAACAAUAGCACUGUUGCUUGGAAUACCAAUUCCUUACUCAAGCAUUGGACAAGUAAUUCCAGCAUUUUUACAAAACAAAAUUAAUUCAGACGCCAUUGCUGCUAACGUUGCUCAAGUAAACAAGUACAUUCAAAAUUUCCCCAGCAUGUUGACAACUUCAGAAAAGACGACUAGUAACGUGGAUAAUUCAAACCUAAUUCAGCAAUACAAGUUAAUACAAGAGGCAUAUGAGGCUUACAAAUCAUUUCCGAAUUUAACUAGCCGGGAGAAACUGCGCAAAAGCUCUGAAAUGUACCUUAAACAAGUGAAAUCCGUCGCAGUUUCGACAUGGACACAAUUUAACCUUCCCAUGAUUUACACGGGUGUUUGUAUCACAUUUCUCUCAGUUACCUCUCUCAUAAUUUAUCUAUCUAGUGUGCCUUUCAUUUUAAGAAGACGUUCCAGUAUUACAAGUAAUUAUCCAGCGAAAGUAUUAUCAUGGUUGUUACCAUCAUUGUCUCAUUGGUCAGUGUUGUGCACGUUUGUUUACCAUUCCAUUUCUUCUAGUGCCCUGUUGGGGAUAAUUGUAUCAACAAUUUCGGGUCUUGUCGUUUUUCUUUUGUUCUAUGGAUUGAUACUGUUUCGAAUGUACAAGAGAAUAUUUGUGGGUUAUUAUUACUCCCGAAGUAGAGAAUAUUAUUUUUCUAGUUUCAUAUCCGUUGGAUUAUACGUGUUUACGUGCCUUGCCAUGUUUUCUAACAGUUUUACUGUGUACGAGGGUUACAUGUUGGGCUUUGCCCUAAGCCUGGUUUCCUUUAUUGAAGUAGCAAGUUCAAGCAGAACAACAACAACGACGAUUAGAACACAACAAGGAUUCAAUUUUGCGUCAUCAUCAUCACUAUUAGCUCCAGACAAUCUACUGCAAACAUUGGCCACUCGAAAAAUCUUAAAAUGUUCUUGGAGUUGUUUUAUAAUAUUAUUAAUUUUAGUGCGAAUUUCUUUUAUAUUUUUUCGUUGUCGUGAAGAGCAGACCACAUGUUCGGAGGAGUUUCUGUUACACAAACAGCUUGCAUCCCUUCCCGAAGAUUGGCUGGUUCACAAGUAUCUUCGGUAUGGAGUUUCCCUGCUAGCGUUGGCUAUAUUCGUUGUUAGUUUCCGUCACUGGAUGAUUUACCGAUGUUGCAAGUUUAGCAAAAAACCACGAGCAAUUAUCGCGAGGUUUAUUCCUUCUCUUUUAGUAGUUUUACUUGGAGUCUUUUGGGCUCUCCAGGGAUUGCCAUACAUUAGCUGCAAUGCUUCAAAAAUUCCACUUUUGAUGAAUUACCUUCCUUUAGUGUAUCAAGUAGUUACGGUGUCUGCAAUACUGUGCGUUUCGUGGAAACCAAUUUGCUGCAUUGGACAUCUUAAACAUUUGCCUUACACCAAUUUUAGUAAACUCGGCCGUAAUCAACGAGUUGUCAAUAAUUCUUCCAAAACUCGGGUCGAAUCUUCUCGCUCAACAAAACCAGAAAAUUAUACAAAUGGGGUCGGACAUCACCCACCUGAUCACCCCCCUCAGCAUAAGCCACUACAGCCGAGAUCCAAGCUUAACACAACCAUUGUAUUUCCAUUUGACAUUGGUGGUAUACAGUUUUGCGAUUGUUCAAACGAGGACACGUAUUCUUCCUGUUUUCUUACGUUAGCAUCUCUUAUCACUCUUCUUUUGGUACAAGUUACCAGUACAGGAAUAGUUCCAGCAAUUAUCUUGCAAGCAUAUGUACUUGUUUGUCUUGUUGGAAUUUUUCAAAAACCAUCAGUAAAAAAUUCAGAUUCUUGGUCAUCAGCGGUAGCUUGGACAUUAACAUCCCAAUAUUUUUUUUACGCUACUGGACACCAACCAAUAUUUUCAGCUAUUCCAUGGGAUUCUGCAUUUGUUGGGGGUGGUGGAGGAGACUUGGCUGCUACUUCUCCUGGAGCAUGGCUAUCUUGGCUCAGGGCAGGAUUGGCUGUUAUUGGGAAUUUGCAUGUUUCUCAAGUCCUAACUUCGAUAACCCUUCCUCUAUUAAUUCACUGGAGUGUAGAUAAAAGAAGAGUUGAAAGUUUAAUGGGGAAAUCAGAACGACAAAUGGCAUAUAUCCUAUACGGUAAAUAUUUGGCGUUGCAUGGACUGAAGCUUCUUGUGUGCAUGGGUUGCGCCGGAUGGCAUCGUCGGCACCUCAUGGUGUGGAAGAUUUUUGCUCCAAAAUUCAUUUUCGAAGCAGUGUCGUUCAUUAUUACAUCAUCUGUUUCACUGCUGGGAAUGGUGUUUCUUACUCGUGUUAGCUAUUGUCAUCAAAAAUACUUGGACUUUUCACAGACAGCAUAAUAAUUUACUUAUUUACGUACUUUUAUUUAUUUUCCGUGCUCGAGGGAUGCCAAAAGAUGUUCAAUGUCAAACAAACGUGCAGUUAACAUACUCACCUCCAAAGGUCAAACCGGACCAUAUCACCAAAAAGUCAAAUUAUUUAAAGAGUUUUAAUUAAAAGACAAAUCUUUAAAAUUUAUAAAAAUUAAGUUUUGUCAUGCAUUAAUUAAUGAGAUGAGAUUUAAUGUUCAAUCUAGUCACUGAGCGUGUCUUAACCACUUAUUUAUUUAUAGUUGUUGUAUAGCAUUUAUUUUUCAUAAAAUAAAGAACAGGAGUGUCAAAUGUUACAAGAACGAUCUGUGUUCUUAUUCUAAACUAACCAAA